CUCAAUUCUUUGCUUUGUAUUUUAACUGUUUUCUAUGUUUUACCAUUUGUUAUUGGGGAUUUUCCUCUUUCUUAAUUUGCUGUUGUGUAUUUGUCUUUGGUCAAGAAAUUUUUGAAUAUUUGUGAUUUUGUGUGACAUGUGAUCCUUUUGGUUUGUUAUUAGUUAAUUUCCUGGUUUUCUGGAUAUAAUGUAGUAUUGUCAUUCUGAGUUGGUGUGAUAUCCUGUGUUUCUGUUGACAAUUACUUGGUUUGAACUAUUUUUGUCCUUAUUGCCUUUGAAUUCUGGGACAAUGGAUCAGAUGGGUAUAGGGUUCAUGGGUGGAAUGCAGUCCUGGGAUCCAAAGGAAGAGAUAUACGUGGUGUUCUCUGUGUUGAGCUUCCCUUGCAUCUCAAAGAGUUAUACAUGUAUCAGGAUCUGUGAUGGGGGUUUCUGAAUGGCUCCUACAGCUGGUUUGUGUGUACAAUAAUAAUGGGGAUGAUGAUGGUGGUCUAGCAUUUAAGCAACAUAUGGAUUUUGACAUCUGAUGGGAUGGAUUCCAGAACAUGUUAACUUUUGAAGGGACAGAGCUCACUAGGUCAUUGAGGAUGUGGCUCUCAAUUUCUGAUGUAGGAAAAUUUUAAGCUAAAAAAAAAAAAAUAAUAAAAGAAAAUUACAUUGCAGGUAGUGAGGUUGAAACAAGUAGGUUAUAAAGUCGGUAAUCAGAGAGCAUUUAUAGUAUUUGCAAACUAUAUUAAUGGAGGCUUCACCAUCACAUCUAGUUCGGAAGCAGAGUCAACAGACACCUAUGCGCAAAUUGUCCUCUAGUGGAUCCCAAAAAGAUCUAUGGUUUGUUACGCAGGAAGGUUCACUAUCUGAAGUAGAUUCAGCUUUGGCACUUCUGAAAAAGAAUGGGGGGAAUAUCAAUUCAAGGAAUAUGUUUGGCCUUACUCCUCUUCACAUUGCAACCUGGAGAAAUCACAUUCCCAUUGUGAGGAGCCUACUUGCAGCUGGUGCUGAUCCUGAUACAAGGGAUGGGGAAUCGGGAUGGAGUAGCCUACAUAGGGCUCUCCAUUUUGGUCAUCUUGCUGUGGCAAGUGUUCUUCUUCAAUCUGGUGCUUCUCUUACAUUGGAAGACUCCAAAUGUCGAACACCUGUCGAUCUCCUCUCUGGGCCUGUGAUGCAGGCUGUUGGAAAUGUACAUAAAGCAGCUGUGACAGAAGUCUUUAGCUGGGGAAGUGGUGCUAACUAUCAACUGGGAACUGGGAAUGCACACAUUCAGAAGUUUCCGUGUAAAAUUGAUUCACUUCAAGGCUCUUCUAUCAAAUUGAUAUCUGCUGCAAAGUUCCACAGCGUAGCAGUUGGUGCUCAUGGAGAACUGUACACUUGGGGAUUUGGAAGGGGAGGUCGGCUUGGACACCCUGACUUUGAUAUCCAUAGCGGUCAAGCUGCAGUUAUCACUCCUCGGCAGGUUUCUUUUGGUUUUGGUUCCCGCCGAGUGAAGGCAGUUGCAGCUGCUAAACAUCACACUGUUAUAGCAACAGAAGGCGGGGAAGUAUUCACUUGGGGAUCCAAUAGAGAAGGUCAGCUUGGUUACACUUCUGUGGAUACCCAACCAACACCACGGCGAGUGAGUUCCCUCAAACCAAAAGUAAUUGCUGUCUCUGCUGCGAACAAACAUAGUGCUGUGGUUUCUGAAUCUGGUCAAGUUUUCACGUGGGGCUGCAACAAGGAGGGCCAACUUGGUUAUGGUACAUCCAACUCUGCUUCAAACUACACUCCUCGAGUUGUUGAAUCAGUGAAACUCAAACAUGUGAUAGGAGUUUCAACAUCAAAAUAUCAUACGAUUGUAUCAGGAGAUGGAGAGGUGCAUACUUGGGGACAUAGACAAGUCAACCCAAGAAAAGUGGACAUCGCCAAGUGUAGGAACAGUGGGUCAGUUAAGUUCCAUCAUUUUGGACGAUCUAAAGUGGUUGCCAUAGCCGCAGGGAUGGUGCAUAGCAUGGCUCUCACAGCUGAUGGUUCAGUGUUUUAUUGGAAUUCUGCUAAUCCAGAAAGAUGUCAACAGUUAUAUUCUAUCAGUGGUAGAAAUGUGGUCAGUAUAUCCGUGGGAAAGUACUGGGCCUCUGCAGUUACAGAUAGAGGUGAUGUUUAUAUGUGGGAUGGAAGGAAAAGUAAGGAUGAGCCUCCUGUUACAACUCGGCUGCACAGUGUGAAGAGGGUUACAUCAGUUUCAGUUGGUGAAACACAUAUGUUAUUUGUCUGUGCUCUUUAUCACCCCCUUUGUCAGCCUAAAUUGGUGGAGAAACCUCAUGAGCCAACAUUAGAGCUUACUGAUGAAUUAGAGGAGUUAGAUGAACAUUUUAUGUUCACUGAUAUGAAGGAAGAAAGCAGAAAUAUAGCAUCAAGUGUACAGGAGGAUUACCUGGAUAACAGAUGCGUGCCUAGCUUAAAAAGUCUUUGUGAAAAGGUAGCAGUGCAGUCUUUAGUGGAGCCAAAAAAUGCUAUACAGCUGCUUGAAAUUGCUGAUGCUUUGGGGGCAGAUGAUCUGAAGAAGCAUUGUGAGGAGAUGACCAUUCGUAACCUCGACUACAUAUUUACAGUCUCUACACUGGCUAUUGCGAGUGCAUCGCUUGAUAUUCUAGCUAGUCUAGAGAAACUAUUAGAUUCAAGGUCCUCUGAGCCAUGGAGUUACCGUCGGCUGCCAACACCAACAGCUACUUUUCCUGCCAUCAUCAACAGUGAAGAGGAGUAUAAUGAGAAUGAAUACCUCAGGGUACGUGCUAGUUCAAUGAAACCCAUCUCAAAAAAUCAGGUGUACCAAGGAUCUGACUGCUUUCAGCUGAAUAAAGAUGGUACUGAUCCGGCUAUCUUGAAAGCAGUCCGAAAUCUGCGGAAGAAGUUGCAGCAGAUUGAGAUGCUUGAGAAAAAACAGUCUAAUGGUCAUCUUCUCGAUGAGCAGCAAAUUGCAAAGCUCCGAACAAAGCCGUUUCUUGAAAAUUCACUUGCUGAUCUUGGUAUCCCAGUUGGGGCACAAGAGAAUGCUUCAUCUUCUAUCCUGCUGGAUGGGAAAGGGAAGAAGGUUGAUCUACCUAGAAAACAGAGGAAGAAGAAUAAACAGAAAAUGGAAGAGGUGGAAGCUUCCUCUCGAAGCACUGAAAGUGGUGCAGAACCAGUCCCUGUAAAGGGUUUCUUGAGCAUUGAGAUCGCUCAUACUCCCAAGCAUAAGGAGGUUGAUACAAAUUUUGAAGAGACUGAUGGCAGCCAGGUUGGGGAAGAGUCUUCUUUGUGCAGUCUGAAGAAAGAAAUUCCUGAAAACCUCAGUGGCAAGGACCCAUUACCAACCACAUCUAAGAAGAAGAAAAAGAAAGGUGGUCUCUCGAUGUUCUUGAGUGGUGGCCUUGAUGAUGAUCCUAGAUAUGCUGCUUGCUCGCUUCCAAUCCCCAAAAGUGAAGGCCCCGCAUGGGGUGGGGCUCAGAUUUUGAACGGAUCCACUUCGCUCCAUGAGAUCCAGAAUGAGCAGAGCAGAACAAAAAAAUGUCAGCCAAGUAGGAUGGUUAAGGAUCUGGCUGAAGAUAUUGUAAAUGGAAGAAGUGGUGGACAAAUCCGAUUGGGUCUGUUUUUGCCAGAGGGUACGAUAUCUAGCCCAAUACCUGUUGGUUCUGCUCAUGCAUCACCAAUGUCUAAUGGAGAGAAAAGCACACCCCCCUGGACUGGUGCUGGGACUUCUCCUAUGUACUCUAAGCCAUCUCUUAGGGACAUUCAACUGCAGCAGGUAUGAGUUAUUCAUAGCUUUCUGCUCUAUUUCUGCUCUAUGUUAUCAAUCUAUUUGAUUAGUCAGGCUUAAGUAUGUCAUACUGAUUGUCUUGUUCGAAUCCCUCAUGCAACAACCAUUUAAGUACCUAUUGUGGACACACAGAUCCUAGGCAUUUAGGGUUUACUUUGGCUCUCCGUUCUCCCUUUCCUUAGGAAAGGGGGAUCAUGGUUUUUGUGUCACCACCUAGAUCGGGGUCUAGGACCCGAAAUUUCUCUCCUUUUCAGGGGAGGUUCACUCCAUAAUGCUGUGGUUUGGCUAAUAGAGUCUGAAUUGGUGUCGAGUAUGGACCCAGGAAGGUGUGGCACCCGGUCUGCCCGGUAAAAAGCUUUUUUUCUGGCAAGGUCCGCCCAGCAAAAACCAGUCUUCCUAAGCCUCAAGCUAUCUAACAAUUUACAUGUAUGAAUGAAAUGUCAGCCUACUAAAUAUCAUGCUUUUGACUGAAAAGUAAACUAAAUUAACUUUAAUCAAUUAAUUAAGCCAUUUUAAACGAGCGUGUACAUCCACAAUAUUCACAAGAAUCUAAUAAUUAAUCUAAUUAAUUUACAAUAAUUUAAGACUAAUUUAUUUUAAAAUUAUACUAACAAUUGAAUGGAAAGGAGAAAAGGAUACCUAUCCUUGACUCCUAACUAGGUCAUGGGGAUCUUGUCAGCUUAGAAGCACAAGCCUGGUAGAAUCUUUGGGACUCUAUGCAAAUACAAAGUCUCUUGGAAUCUUGAAAAGGCGCUUUCUGAGAAAGCAUCUAAACUUUGGGUAUUUUAGGGAAUUCUAGGAAUUUCUGGGAAUUUCAGGAUUUUUAAUCUAUAUUUUGAAUUUUUUAAAAUAGAAAAAUAGGUGAAAGAUAAAAGAGACUUGAAUAUUUUUUGAGGUUUUGGAAGUCAAUUAGAGUUAUUUUGAAGUGGUUUUCACGUAAGGAGGGUUCUUUAUGUGAUGCGAACCAGGUUUCUAAAAUCAGAAAACGGUUUGCUUAUGGACCCAUUUAGGGGUGAAUUAACUCAAAAAAUCAAUAUAAUGGCGAUCCUGUAAAUCACAUCAAAUUCCUAACAAAGGGCAAUCUGGUAAAUAGAUGAUUACUUCAAUAGAAGAGAAAAUAUCAAAGGAAGAAGCAACGUACUAGUUAGGUAGGGGUAGAUUUAGAAAUAAAAGAAAGUGGGAAAUAGAAACAAAAGAUAGGGGCAAUUCUGGGAUUUAACAGGAAUAAGGAAAUAAACCUAGCUUAAGUGGUGUUCUUCAAGCUCACGACAACCAGAAAAGGGUGACAGCUACGGUUUUACUGGAACUCUUCCACACCAGCUUGGAUCGACCUAGGGCCUGGAAUGGAGAAUCGCAGCACAAGGAAGCUGUGUUGGCAGCACUAGGGGCUCUCGAUAUUCCAGAUUAGAUGGGGUCUUCGAACCUGCAACUGGAUAUUGCGAUGGCAAGAGCUCAGAUCUGAUUCUGGGUUGAAUUUCUUCACAACAGAACCAAGCCUUGAAGGAGAUGACCUAGGAUUUGUAUUGCCUAGGAGAGAGUUACCUUCACUCAAAAUCUCAGUCCAAAAAACCCAUGCAUGAGGGAGAUUGAUCAGCUUCAAGGAGACAGCAACGAUCGCCAGAAACAGGGUAGGGAAACAAACCAGAGAAAGGAAGAAGAAGAAGAAUAACAGAGGAAGAUGAAGAAUAUAAGGAAGAAGAAGAGAAGGGAAAAUAAGAGGCAGAGAGAAAUUAUUAGAAAGGGAGAAGAAAAGAAUCACCGGCAGCCAUAUUCAUGGUUCUCAC